AUCUUUCAUAGAAGCUCUGUUUGUUCACAGCCGUGCGCGAGGCAUCUCAAAGGGCGCGCCUGUUCGUACGAAGCACCGCAGCCCUGUAGCUUCAGUGACGUUCUCCUCGCUCUUAUGGACACGUUCUGAAAGCGUGGCGGUGCUCCGAUUCCACGUACAAUGGCGCGGCAGGUAUGCGCAGACAGUGCAGCCCCGCGGUGUAGCGAGGGUUCUGGUCACUCGAUGUCCCUUCCGGAAAGUAAGCAAGAUCGUCAGAAUGUGGCAAAACACAUUCCGACAGCGUGCGAACUUCGCAGGAACCCAGUACGGACGCUCAACUGGUGCAUCUGGAUUGCAGCUGCUCUGUACGUGAUGACCACCUUCGCAACAAGUGAGAUCAACAGAACCCUUCCCAAAAGACUGAGUCACCUGUUCACCCGCAGUCCUUACUGGGGCAUCACGAGAAAGUGGGACCUCUCUGAUAAAGAAUGGAGCGAAGGAAGGCAGUUCAUCCUCACCGCCUGGCCUUGGCUGCUGCUGCACGCCAUCAUAGGUCGGGCGCUCGCUCACGCGGCUCCGUUGGUGGUUCCGCACUUCCACGCGGCCUACUCCCUGCUGUUCGUGUCGUUCAAGCUGGGUUGGCUGAGCGCCGUCAUCAUCUUCGCCGAGCACGCCGCGUUCUUCGGGCUGGCUUGCAUGGGAGUGCCCGCCCUCUGCUACGGGGGCGCGCUGCUCGCUUUGACACACUACAAGGUCUUCCAGUACGACAUCUUUGAAGUCGUGUACCAAUCGUACGGCAGGAACACUCACUACGUCACUAUGGUGGCCUUCUACUGGACGGCGCUGCGGGGCCUCAGUUUCUGCAUGGACUGGAUCUGGCGUGACGAAGAGGAAGAUUCACAAGAGUCAGAAGAGGCCGAAAAGUCAGAACACCGCUUUCCUGACUACUGGAAGACGCUGGCCUAUACCCUGUACCUGCCUCCGCUGCUGACGGGACCAUUGCAGAACUACGAAGACUUCAGUGCAUCGGUGACGAAACCCAAGCCUCCGUUGUCGUCGGACGAGAUCAGAACCUGCGUUCGCGGCCUGCUGCGCUCCGCCGUUCACUUCUUACUCAUGGAUUUCAUGUGCCACUCCUUCUACAGUUCAGCGCUGUCUAAGGCUCCGUACCUCGUCUCAAGGCUCAACCUCACCGCCUUGUUGGGCUUCGGUGCGACGCUGAACGUGAUGUUCUUCAUCAAGUACCUCGUGCAGUACGGCGUACCGAGUGCCUUUGCCAGAAUAGAGGGCAUCGACCUUCCUCCGCCGCCCAAGUGUGUUGCCAGGUCGCACCUCUGUUCCCAUUUCUGGAGGUAUUUCGACCAUGGCUUCCAUUUGUGGAUCAAAAAGUAUUUGUACCUGCCCAUGGUGGAACCCGAAAGGGAGGUCAUCUGGCGGCUGAUGGGCACCGCGCUGGCCUUCUCCUUCACUUGGCUCUGGCACGACAUGACGGUCGCCCUCGGCUUCUGGGCUGCGCUAAGCUUCCUCGGCGUCGCGCUCGAAGUGGGCAUGUCCCAAAUCAGGAAGCUCGGCUUCGCCAAGAAUAUCGAGGCCAAGUACCUGGUCGGCGGACGACUGAGAUUCGUCAAGGCGGUCCUGGGUUCGCCACAAUACCUGCUCACCAUCUUUGCGUGCCUCUUCUUCCUCACCGACGUAGAAGUAACCACCAUAUUCUUCAAGAAGGUCAUCCUUGGUUUCCCUCUGCCACUGCUGCCUGUGCUGGUGUGCUUGUACUUUGCUUCCCAGGCGUCUCUGGAUGUUAUGGAGUGUGAGGAUUCAGCCAAAGCCAAGGAGAAAACAUCAUAAUGCAAUCUCAAGAGUACGCAAAUUGGAGGCCGCAUUUUGCAAGCAUAAGGUUUUUGAAGAGAUCGCUUUGCCAGCUACGCGACUGGCACCGCAAUGACGUCACUCAAGCGACGACCAAUCGCGUGCUGGAAAGGGGAGUUCUUGGGAAGCGGAAUUCAUCUUUACAUAAAUACGACCCCAUGUCUCUGUUGCGUUGGCCAACGACAUAGUUUCACCGAAUUCAUCAACUCUCGCAUUAAGGGCUAGUUGAAACGAAAGUUUUGCUUCUAGUAAAUCUCUUGAAUCAUUUUAGUUAAAUGAAUAUAAAUGAAGGAGUUAUUACCACCGUUUGCCGGUGUUGGGUCUGUUCAUUUUAACUUGAUUAUUAAUACACAUACUAAAAAAUUUAGUAACAUAAAUUGUUAGGUUCGCUGA